AUGGCAUCUUUCGAUACUGAGUCAUCUGUCGGGCUCGAGAACGCCGCUUACGAGUUUGUAAUUGUUGGAGGAGGUACUGCUGGUCUGGUGGUUGCCAAUCGGCUCACGGAGAACCCCAAUGUCCGGGUUCUUGUCUUGGAAGCUGGCACCAAUCGCCUCAAUGACCCGCGGAUUGUUGUUCCCGGUUUAGGGCCGGCAACAUUCGAAGACGAGGACUUUGACUGGAAUUUUCGGUCUACUCCCCAGAUACAACUCAAUGACCGCAGACUCUUAGCUAACAAGGGUCGUACGCUGGGUGGCUCCUCGGCCAUCAAUUUAGGAAUGGUGAUCUACCCGUCCCGUUCCGGAUUCAAUGCCUGGGAAACCUUGGGCAACCCCGGCUGGGGCUGGGACGGGAUGUCCCGUUAUGUCCGCAAGUUCCACACGGCUGCAGGCCCAUCAAUUGAAAACCGUGAGUUCUUCAAGGGGAUGGUGCACGACCAGAAGGACCAGGGCAGCUCAGGUCCCGUUCAGGUCUCAUUCGGAGACCAGUACAUGCCAUACCAUGCGGCUUGGAUGGACGCCUUCAAGGCCCUCGGAUACCCGCAGGACGAAGACCCUAUCAAUGGCGCCUGCACUGGUCCCUUUGUAUGCCCUGGUGCCAUCGAUCCCGCAACCCACACCAGAAGUCAUUCGGCGGCCGCGUAUUUGACGCCGGAUGUCCAGGCUCGCUCCAACCUGCGGGUUGUGACGGGAGCCCUGGUUGAGAAGCUUGUCUUGGAGAAGAAGAACGACGAGGAGAAUGCCGUUGCUACAGGUGUUCAAUUCAGUAAGGGCUCCGACGUGUACACCGUUAAGGUCAAUAAGGAGGUUAUCCUCGCAGCUGGAACGACACAGUCCUCGCAGAUUCUAGAGCUAUCUGGCGUUGGAGAUGAGAAUAUUCUCCAAUCCCACGGCAUCCAAACAAUCAUCAGCAACCCCGGUGUUGGCGAGAACCUCCAAGAUCACGGCGUUGUGUCCUUUGGCUAUGAAGUCGCAGAUGGUAUGCCGUCAGGCGACAUGGCCCGCGACCCUGUAGUCGCUGGUGCCGCAAUGGCCACCUACCAAAGGGAUGGCUCGGGACCCCUCGGAAUGGUGCCCCUGGUUUCAGCGUUCAUGCCACUUGUCGAAACUUCCGAUGAUGAGCGGAAGAACUUGCUACAACAGCUCCAAGCAUCACUAGACAGCCCCGACGUUUCGCGGACCCACAAGAAGCAAUACAAAGCCUUGCAGACCAUGCUGCAAAAUCCCGACGAGCCAACCGCUCAAUAUAUCCUUGCACCCUUCCAGCUUCUCCCACGUGAGGGAGAAAACGCCAAGCGUCUGUUUGGUCUCGGACAUCCGGGAUUCUUCAUCAGUCUUGUUUCUCUGCUCAGUUACCCGCUCUCGCGUGGCUCCGUCCACAUUCAAUCUUCUGAUCCCAAGGCUGCACCACUGAUUGACCACGGGAUCCUCCGUCACCCGGUCGAUCUGGAGAUGCAUGCCCGACACAGCAUGUGGAUGGACAAGAUUGCUGAGACGGAGCCGCUGGCGUCGCUUCUAAAGAAGGGCGGCGAGCGUCUGCACACACCGGAGCCUCUGGAUGACUUGGAGAAGGCAAAAGAGCUGUGCAAAGAGCUCGUCCUGUCUAUGUACCACGUCAGUGGUACCUGCGCUAUGAUGCCGCGCGAAGAUGGGGGUGUUGUUGAUUCCCGCCUGAAGGUGUAUGGCUCAACUAAUAUUCGGGUUGUUGAUGCUAGUAUAUUCCCCUUGGAGCCGAGAGGAAAUAUCCAGGCGACGGUUUUUGCAGUUGCUGAGAAGGCGGCGGAUAUCAUCAAGCAGGACUUGAGCUAG